GGUUGAACAUUUUCUGUACAACAAGGGUGCAGGAAGAUACAUCCCAAUAUCUCAACUGGUUCUUUUGAGGAACAAAGAAAGACCGAGACACAAACUGUUGCCUCAUCUCAAAUCCAUGGAAAACCCAGACGAUUUUGAAAUAGAUGAUGAAGGACCAGAAAUAACCGAAGAAGAAUAUCAAAAAAAUCCCAGCAAAUAUAGGCACGUAUGCUGGAAACUUAAAGAGAGAGGGGCAGUUGGGGAAACGAUACUGCAUCUCUGUCUUCUCAACGCUACAUCCCUUCAUGCUGACAUCGCCAAAAGGCUGUUACGGUUUUAUCCGAAACUCAUCAACGACAUCUACAUCUCAGACGAGUAUUAUGGUGAAAACGUCCUGCACAUCGCCAUAGUCAACGAAGACCCGGCCAUGGUGAGAUUUUUACUGGACGCCAACGUUAAUAUUUCUGAGCGCUGCUUCGGGAAUUUCAUGUGUCCCGAGGAUCAGAAAUCCUCCAGAUCAGACUCGGUCGACCACGAAUGGGUCAACGUGUGCUCAGCGACCAACUACGAAGGGUAUGUUUAUUGGGGUGAAUACCCUCUAACUUUUGCCGCGUGUUUGGGGCAAGAAGAGAGUUUUCGUCUGAUAUUAGCAAGGGGGGCUGAUCCGGACGCCCAAGAUACCAAUGGCAACACUGUAUUGCACUUGCUCGUGAUAUUUCAAAGAGUGGAACAUUUUGAUAUGGCAUACGAAGUAGGAGCAAGUCUUUCUAUAAGGAACGUACUAAAUCUGACACCUCUCACAUUAGCUGCCAAACUAGCCAGAAUUGACAUGUUUUUUCAUAUCCUGAACUUGGAAAGGGAAAUAUACUGGCAAAUAGGCAGUAUAACUUGUGCAGCCUAUCCCUUAUCACAAAUAGACACUAUUGACAUAAACUCUGGUCAUAUUUGUAAAAUUUCUGCUUUGAAUUUGGUCGUUUUUGGGGAUAAAGACGAACAUUUGGAACUGAUGGACGGAGUGCUGAUAGACCUGCUGAAUGCAAAAUGGAACACCUUCGUCAAAUUCAAAUUUUACCGUCAAUUCUUCACUUUUGCCUUCUAUUUCCUGAUAUCUCUGAUCGCCUUCACUCUGAGACCAGGCCCUCCUGAAGCUACCAAUACCCCAAAACAAUCUAUCAACGUCACCAAUACCACAAAACCGACACACAGUCCCAUCAAAAAUACCGUCAACAAUACCAUAGUCAAAUUGGCUACAGAACUGAAUUCUACUGCAAAAUCAGUGAUUGGAAAUAAAGAUGAUGAUGACGAUUAUGACAUGGAGGAAUGGUGGGAAAACUUAAGAGAAGAAUGCAGGCUUAUGCAACUAGAAUCACUAGAGGCCAAAAUCAGAAUAAGCGCUGAGAUAGCGAUGACUGUUGGAGCUUUUCUGUACUUAGCUGCAGCAGUACGCGAAGCUAGAUUCCUUGGUGGAAGAAUGUUCUUCGAAAAUCUCAAAACAUCUCCUAGUCGCGUGAUGUUCUUAUUCUCCUGCAUUUUAAUGCUAAUCAUCCCAUUUCUCAGAAUGGCUUGCCAGGAUGAAAUAGAAGACACAGUAGCAGUGAUGGUAAUGUUAACAACAGCACCAUAUUUCCUUUUUUUCUGCAGGGGUUUCAAAACUGUAGGUCCUUUCGUAGUAAUGAUAUAUCGUAUGGUAAUGGGAGAUCUGAUAAGGUUCGCUUCUAUUUACUUGGUUUUCGUAGUGGGAUUCUCCCAAGCUUAUUAUAUAAUUUUCCUUUCCUUUGAUAACCCCUUGACGCCAGACGAUGUUGAUGAUUCUGCUACAAACCCCAUGUCCACGCCUAUAGAAUCGAUAAUGGCGAUGUUUUUGAUGUCUAUGACCAACUUUGGGGACUAUUAUGACGCUUUUGCUAGAACCGAACAUGAAUACGAGGCAAAGGUGCUUUUCGUUAUUUUCAUGGGCAUUGUAGCGAUUUUACUGAUCAACAUGUUGAUUGCUAUGAUGGGAAACACUUACCAAAAGAUUGCAGAAACUAGAAACGAAUGGCAAAGGCAGUGGGCAAGAAUAGUUCUCGUAGUAGAACGUGGCGUGAGUCCACCAGAACGAUUGAAACAAUUGUUGGUAUAUUCUCAACCUAUGUCUAAUGGUAAAAGAGCCCUGGUCCUGCGAUUGAAUCAAUCGGAUGAAGACAAGGAAGAAAUGAAGGAGAUACUGGAGAUCAAGAGGAGGCAUGAGAGACAUGUCAAGAAAAGGAAGGAGAAGAACGAAGAAAAUCAACAAAAAACAUUUAUAACAAAUGAGAAAACCAAUCAAUGAAAUUAAAUGAUCUUACUUGAAGACUUAAUUUACUUAUGUUUCAAACCAGUUGAGUUAUUCUAUAGCAAGAAUCAACAUCAUAAGUUCGG